AAUCGCAUGGGCCUGAAACGUUUAGUUGUACUCGUUAACUAUGUCAGUAGUAACGACCCACGAAUUAUCGACCCUUUCGCGUGAAAACCUUGUCAUACGAUUAACUCGUCUGCAACUGCUUUCAUCGUAACGUCAGCCGACGAGGCCUUCUUCCAGUGCUUAACUGAGAACGUGGUCAAACUGAGCAGCACGAUCAGUGGCGCAGAUGGGCACGGAAGUGGACUGCCGCAACCACAUACGCGAGGUGCACCCGAUCCUCGGUGGCAGCGCCCUGUACAUCUGUGGGACCAACUCCUUGGCUCCCACCAACUGGCAAGUGCAAGCUGACGACCUGACACUGCUUCCAGUGGAGAAGCAGGUACGCAUCGAGCAAGACAACAACACAGGCAAGGCCAUCGGGUGUCCUUACAACAUCCGUCAGAACACCUCGGCAUUGUGGGUUGAAGACGAGCCCGAGAGAGGUACUUCGUUCGUGGUCGCCCUAAGAGCACUGGACGAGUACGGCAACACCUACGUGCUCGCGAGGACGGAAAUCUUCGACUCGAGAAAAGGCUCGCGCGUUCACCGCGACCUGAGCACCCAACUGGGUGACAUCAAUAUACUGAACGAGCCCAGCUCCGCUGGCGCGUUCACACUGCGGGAGCACGUGUAUUUCGUGUUCCGCGAACAAGCCGUGGAGCGCAUGGCCUGCGGCACCCGCACCGUCUCAACUCUGGCACGACUCUGCAAGAACGACCUUGGGCACGGGAUCAGCGAACGCCGGUGGACCUCAUUCAUGAAGCUCCGUCUCCGGUGCCUCGACACGGCGAACCCCCGAAAAUCGGACUCGCAAUUGUUCAGCUACGACGAAAUACGUGACGCUUACUUGGUUCCUGACUUGGAGGGUGGCUUGCUGCUCGGUGUCUUUGUCACUGUCACCCACCGCUACCCGCAAUCGGCCGUAUGCGCCUUCCGAAUGGCCGACAUCGGACGCGUGUUCAGCAGCAGCGACUUCUUCGAGCCGUACCGCGGGGACACGUACGCGGUGUGCAAGAGGGCCAAGAAUGUGCCCACCCAGCGUCCGGGCACCUCUUGUCCGCUGAACUCUCGGACCUUGGGCUUCGAGGGGCCUCGCUUCCUGGCCGAUCACCCGCUGCUCGCGGACCAGGCACCGCAGCGUCACAACCGGACAUUCUUCGAGCGCCGGGGUGUCGUCUUCAGUAGUCUGGUGGCGUUCGAGCUGCAAGAAGACUGGGGCACUUGGCUCGUCUGUUACGUGGCCACAGAGGACGGUAGCGUGCUGAAGCUGGCCGAAGAACAGUCCACCGGUGACCGAGUGCCGACUUCUGGCCACCUGGUGGACUCCUUCCGAGCCACUGAUGAACCGAUACGAAAGAUGCUGGUCUCACUGGUGCACCGCAGCUUGUACGUGUUCUUUGACGGCGGGAUCAAUCAGUACCGCCUGGAUGCCUGCGAGGGACGCCAUAGGACUGCGCGUCUUGCGUGCAGGAUCCCUUCUGCGGGUGGAACGGCGCCCGUUGCUUACCUCACAGCAGCGAAGCCACCGCUUCCACUUCACGGGUGUGCUGAAGAUGAAUGGCGCAACCGGAUUUGUUUUCCAUAAUUGCAACUUGCGAUAUUUUAUAAACGUUUGUUACCACACUAACCAUGUGCAUAAACAUGACAUGUCCUCGCCGUGUAAAUGGCACUUCAGUUUCCCACCCGUCUUAAUUUUGUCACCACCGUAGCUACAGCAGAAUUGAAGUCUUGUACAGUUCAGCCUGCGCUCGAUGCAUGCCACGAACUAUUAGAAGUACCUUUCACAUGGUACGGUUAUAUGGUCACUCGGUAGUUUUUAAUGCCUGUUAUUUUGCAAACAAAUGUACUUGUACCGUAUU